AUGACCAAGACCGAUGCCGUCUGGGGUGGUAUCCGCCCCUUACGAUGUCGAGCCAUUACCGCCCUCAUUGAUCCGCGAGUGGAUGCCAAGAUUAAGACAGAUGAUGACGGCUACUAUUACGUCAUUCCUCAUUACCUGGCUGAUCAAAUAAUAAAAAAUAGCCCAAAUGUCCCCGUGUAUCUUCAGCAUAAUUCCAAGUACUCUAUCGGCCGCACACUUGGACAUCGAAAGGUGACCGACCGCAAAAUCUACGACCGAAAUGGUCAAGUCAUCGAAACCGAAUUCAUAAUAGACAACCCGGCAUUUCUCAAGGCUGUCAUCGACGUUACUAAAGUGAGAGCCAAUGACGUGGUCGGAGGUGUCAUUGACAGUAAGGACGGUUUCGUUGAAGGAGGCCAGCGCCCAUCACCGAACGACAACGACUUUAUUUGCCCCGAUCUUAAAGUGCCUGUGACUGCUCAGAGUGCGCUCAUGCAAAAGUUUCCCAGCACCAGUUUCGCUCACAACAAGAAGACACAAGACGUAACGGAACUCUCCAUUUGCUUGUCUGGCCUACGACCUUUCACGGUCAUCGACCAGGUCAAAGUCGGAGAAGGUGAUGAAUUGAUGGAGGGGGGGCUAACCGUCGAGGAAUUUACACAAUAUAUCGGAGCCUGCCACUCCGUAUCCAACGGCGCACUAUACGCCAAGACUACCGAAGAUCUUCUCGCCGUUGGGGCCCCCAUUGAAUGUCUGUCUUAUUCUAUGUCCAGACUUGACGAAGAGGAAGCGAUGUCAUCAGCAACUUCGCCCCAACAACCACCAAUUACGUCAACCAAUCCCAAGCCGCAAUUACCACCAAGGCCCACCCCCAUCCCCUUAGACCAGUUAGAAGGCUUCGUAGAUGCCAUGUAUCCUGCUAAAUACUCCGCCGACCCGGAAAAUUAUAUCAGAUGUUCAACAGGUUCACCAUGUUUGUGUCAAACCCAACCCACUAAGCCCACUCUGCCAUCACCAGAUACGCUCGCGGCGUAUUCAAUCACCCCUCCUAACGUUAACGAUCCUUCGCCGCAAUCGGCAAAAGGUAAAAUCUCGGAAGCAAGAUUUGCACAAGCAGCUUCAAGCCAGGAAAUGCAGGCUGUUCCACAGCACAACAUGCCAGACGACGACUCUCGCUCUUCCCCAUCUUCCGACGCUGCAAUUAAAACCCUUCACAAAGCCUUCAGCGACCUUGUUGCCUCCAGGAAAAAGAGUAGUAAACGGAAGGACUACUAUUCAGACGACUCACUUUCGGAUGCGGAGGUUGUUCGCAUGAGACGCAAACAAGGCAAACAAACGAUGGCGCUUACCAAACGGGGCAAGCGAGUUGUGCUCAUAGACGACCAUGAUUCUGAUGACGAGCCUCGCAGACCACGUGGUGGAACACACAGAUUGUAUGAGGCCCUCCCCCACUCACAUGGCUCUUACUUCGGAAACGGUGACUCAGGCUACUCUCAUAAUCACCUUGCAUGUUCGUAUGGACAGCCAUCACACCCAGGGAUGUACCAACCACCGCCACCACCACCACAGCUCAAUCCCCAGGCCGCAUAUAAUCCCGGUCAACCCCUCCCCACAUCUCUGACACCCUACUACCAGCAGCAACCACCACCCCCUCUACCACCCAUGUCCUACAACCAAUACAAUUAUCCGGCUACAAAUCCCUCAUAUACCCCUUCUUUCCUUGGAUCUCCCACUCCUGGAGCCCACCAGCUCCCACCACGACAACCUCCACCAGCUCCACCACCAUCACCGCAUAGAUCCAUUAGAUCCGCCCAUUGGGGUCCACCUCCCAACAUGGCAUUAGUAAGGCCAUUACAGCAACCUUAUCAAAAUGACUACGAUCAAGCGAAUGGCUACGAUCGAGCUGGAGGCUUCGGAGCACCUUAUAACGAAGGAUAUGGGUAUGAAGUAUAUGAUGCUAUCCCCCCGCCACAUCAGCCUCCCAGUGGACAGGUACGAAAACGCCCGGCAAUCGCCAAACGCCGUAUUCCUGUACAAGGACCUUUGGCUGCGUCCGACUCCACCCAACAGGAGCAAUCGCAGCCACAUAGCGAAGAUACGUCCACGUCUAUGGAAGACCAAGCCAUCGACGCUGAUGUUACUGAACAACAGCAGUCAGAGUCAGCCAUUACCGGGCCAGCAGCCGGGGCUAAAGUUGCCCGUCAACAACAAGCAACUCACUAUUCUAUGCCUACAAGCAUCCCUUCUAGCCAGCCGCAGGCACCAGUUAGUAAGAAGUCAGCUGUCCUGUCCCACAUUACCGACCACGUCAACAGCUUGUUGUAA